AUGUCUGUGGUCGACUUCCAUCACCAACGAAGUCAAGCUGCGAGUCUACCUAUCCGCAUUCGCCCAGCCGUGAUGUUUGGAUCGGAGACUUGGGCAGCACCAUCUACGGUGAUGGAGAGGUCUUAUUGCACGAAACGAAAGCAGUUUAGACGGCUACUUGGCUACUUUUGGCCUAGGGUAUGCCACAAUCUUCACGCAGAAAUUGAUGUGGUAUACCGGCGGAUGACACGUGGAAAAUACCAACAUCUUGCACCGCCAUCGAAAGUGGCUAAGGUAAAUCGUCUUCUUUGGUCAUAUAUUAAGGAGACCGGCAGAUCGCCUUGUUUAACGAGAUCUGAGGAGUUUGUCGGGUUCGAGCCAGAGGAUGUCACCUGGCCGAAAACGGAAGUUCUGGACUGA